AUGGUGAGAAAUACACCUGUGGUUGAAGAACGUGGAUAUGGUGGUUCAAUUAGUAGACCUACAUUAUCUCAUUCUGUGUAUGCUAAUGGUACUGGUGCUAUCUCUUCAAGAGCUCUAAUUACACGUGUUAAUAAUGAUAUUGCUUCACAGAUUAAUUUACGAUUCUGCGGCGAAAUUAAAUCUUUAUUUAAAGAUAUGACUGACACGACUGACGCUGAAACUAAACCAGUCGCUGAAUCUUCUAAGAAAGUUGAAGAGGAUGAAGUAGUUCCUUCACAAGAAAUUCAUUUUGAGCCACUUGUUAAAUUGGACGAGGUUGAAGUUAAAACAUUAGAAGAAGACGAAGACGUUCUUUUUAAAAUGCGAGCUAAAUUGUUCAGAUUUGAUAAAUUAUUGAAAGAAUGGAAAGAACGUGGUACUGGAGACGUACGUUUUCUUCAACAUAAACAAACUAAAAAAGUUCGUCUAGUAAUGCGUCGUGAUAAGACAUAUAAAGUAUGUGCAAAUCAUUAUAUCACUCCCGAAAUGCAACUUUCUCCAAAUGUUGGAUCAGAUCGUUCAUGGGUGUGGAAUGUUACAGCAGACGUUUCUGAUGGUGAACCAAAAGUAGAAACAUUGGCCAUUAGAUUUGCUAAUACCGAAAAUGCAACUAUCUUCAAAAAUGAAUUUAUCAAAGUUCAAAAAGCAAAUGCUGGAUUAAAGUCAGAAAAUGAAGGUAAACCGGAAGAGAAAGGAAGUGAUGAUGAUAGUAAGAAAGGCGAAAAGGUUGAAAAGGUUGAAAAGGAUGAUAAUCAUUCAGAUAAUUUGAUUAGUCCACACGUUAGACAUGAGCAGUAUAUUGCCAAAACUAAUGAUGAUGAUGACAAUUUAACUGAUAUUUCUCCACAAAUGGAUGAAGAAUAUGGUAGUUGGUAUGGAAAAAUUGGUAGAUGA